AUGGUAAAUACAGGUCUUCCAGCAGGAUGGGAGGUCCGCCACUCCAACUCCAAGAAUCUUCCUUACUAUUUCAACGCCGGGACUAGGGAGUCACGCUGGGAACCUCCGGCCGAUACCGACAUGGAAUCUCUCAAGGUAUACAUGGCCAAGUACCACAGCGGCGCCGCAGCCUACCCGGACGGUUCGAACCAGGGUGAGGGCAAGAUUCGCUGCAGCCACCUUUUGGUCAAGCACAGGGAUAGUAGACGACCCAGUAGCUGGCGGGAGGCAACCAUUACCCGGACAAAGGAGGAGGCACGUGAGAUUCUCCGCGGGCACCAGCAGCGCAUCAUAAGCGGAGAGAUCACGCUAGGCGAUCUGGCAAUGGCCGAGUCGGACUGUAGUAGUGCCAGAAAGAAGGGCGACCUUGGCUUCUUCGGUCACGGCGAAAUGCAACGAGAAUUCGAAGAGGCAGCGUUUGCCCUGCAGCCAGGCGAGAUCAGUGACAUUGUCGAAUCACAGUCUGGUCUUCAUCUCAUCGAGCGUGUACAGUGA